AAAAAAAAACUAGGUAAAAUACAAAAAGAAAAGGUAUAAAUAUAUCAAAACCCGAACCCGCAUGACCGAUUUCCUUUUCCGACUGGCUCUUAAGAAUUUUGGCGCUCGGGAACCUCUGUUCAAGUCGUUCUCUCUCAGGAUCAGUGAGGUUGUAAUUUGCGAUGGGUGGUCAUGGAGGUCUGAAUAUAUUGCCUCAGAAGCGGUGGAAUGUGUACAACUUUGAUAAUAGAGAGAAGGUUCGGCUGGAUGAAGAAGCCGCCGCCAAAGAAGAGCAGCUCAAGCGGGAACAGGCCAGGCGGAGAGACACCGAGUAUCGAAUUGAGCAGCUCCGGGUGGCCCGUGGAUUGGCCCCAUUGAUCCAACCCAAGGAGUCUGCUGAAGAGGAAUCAAAGCCGGGCCCCUCUGCUGAAGUGGAGUCGAAGCCUGGUCACAUUAACCUCUUUGAAGGGAUUAAGAUUUUCGACCCUAUCAAGGGGUUGGAGAAGGAGGGAAGUGAUGGGAAAGAUGGGUUUAAGAAGAAUAAGAAGAUGAAGAAGGAGGAGCCGCCCAGGGUUGUGACAGCAGAGGAUGAGAAGUAUAGGUUGGGAUAUGGAGUUGCUGGGAAAGGAGUUAAGUUGCCGUGGUACCUUGAGAGGCUGAAUGCUGAUGCAAAGGGUGAGAGCGGCGAGGAUGAUGAAUCGUCGACAGGGGUUAAGGAAGAGAAGAACAACAAAAGUGGGAAGAAGACAAUAGAAGAGCUGAGGGAAGAGCGGUUGAGAAGGGAGAAGAGAGAGAAGGAAAGGGUGCGCACUUUGAUUUUGAACAAGAGCCAGAGCCAGAGCCAGAGCCAGAGCCGAAGGGAUGGAGCUGAUUUUAAGGAUAGAAGGUUCACUAGGAGGGGUUGACAGUGGGUGGUUGGCCUUGGCAUCUGGUUUGAAACAUCUCUAUGGUAAAGGGGUUGUGAGCAUCGUUUCAAGGACGGCGGCGGCGUUGGUGCCAUCGAGGGAUUAGAAGGCGGUUUGUUGUGCAGGGGAUUUAAAUCAUGUGGGGUUUGGGACCGUUGCACAGGUUCGUUGUCUUUUAGGUGAUGGCGUUGCGGUGGCGUGGUGGUGUUCCUUAAGUCGUGGCGGCAGUGACUGUGCUUGCGGUGGUCAUGGCGAGUUGGCAACAGAGAUCGCGGUGUGCGUGCGACGCUCUCGCCUGGAGAGUUAAAGGCUGAAACUGGGAUGGGCUAGUCUUAUUGGCCCUUAGGCUCCGCCUUUUUUGUCUUUGGGUUGCUGCUUUUGGGCCUUUUAGGCUUAUAAUUAGUUUGUUGUUUCUUUCUAAUUCCCUACUUUUACCGGAAGAUACGCACUUGUCAUUUGUAUUAUGUCUAUCAUAGUUUAUAGGCUUCCUUUUCUUAAGUGAGCAUUGAAUAUUUAACGAGUAGUUUAUCCAUAUGUAUCGUGUUACCACAAUAACUUCUUGUAUGUUAUGUAAUGACCAUUCUGACUUG